AUGCUUUUUCAAUCUCUCGUUCCAUUUGUGGCCAUCGCCCUUGCGCUCGUAGCCAACAGCGCCCCCGCCAUCGAUCCCAUAUUCGCCCGUGGCAAUGCAUUGGGAUACUCCCACAUCUUCGAUGCGCGGACCCCCUCUAGUACCCGUCCUGGCCUCGCGGAUAUCUAUCGACGGAGGCAAUCGAAUGCUCAAAAGCAGAGGAAACAAGCAGCGAGACUUCGGAACGCGGCCAAUGCGGCAAAUACUCAGAAGCUUAAACCUAUCGGGGCUACAUCCCCUCCGACAGAGACUCAUCAUGUAUCGCUAACAGAAGCGAAGCUAGCUCCUCAUCCUGACGGUGUUCCAGGAGAGCCUCACAAACCUGAGGCUGGCGCAAAGGCAGUUCCCAAUCCUGCCGCCCCUCACCCCGACCCUGUGAAAGAAGCCGAGGAGAAGAAGAAGGAGGAGGAGAACAAGCAUAAUCCCAAUAUUCCCACUCCCGGCGAACCUCACACAGAAGUCAAGGCUGGGGAGGUUCCUCGUCCCAGCACCCCAGCACCUCCUGAACAACCUGCUCCACCCAAAACAAAGGAGGAGGAAGAGAAGGAGGCAAAGGAGAAAGCGGACAGAGAAGCUAAAGAGAAGGCGGCGAAUGAGCAUCCAACGGAACCUGCUGCUGAUGCAGCCCCAAAGCCUGGAAAAACGGAUGCACUGAUCUCGGGGCUCAAUGCUGUCACAGCUUUAGCAAACACUGCUAAUACUUUCGGGAGUGCAUUACAUCCUGGUGGUGCGUCCACUGGUAUGGGUGGGGAAGACGCACCCGGAGGCAAUAGUAUGGGCGGCAUGGGAGGUAUGGGCGGCAUGGGUGGUAUGGGUGGUAUGAAAUGA